AGAACAAUCUUGAACAAGAAUCAAGAUGGCGUCUGUAGGAGAGGCGCACAGGGCGGGAGCAUUCAAACAGUCGAACAAGAGUCAUAAGACGGGUCGGCACAAGAGUAAAGGAGCAGUUGAGAAGGAGAAUAGAGGUCGGGUAUCCGCUAAGGUUGUGUCUAAGAAGGGGAUCAAGGUUCAGCGGAAGCAAGAUCGGAAAAACCAUCUAACCCAGGCCAGGAACCUCGCAAGGCAGGAGGUCACUGCUCGGAAGCGCGGUAUCGGAGGACACGGAGCUCCUCCAGUUCUGGUUGCUCUCAUCCCUCUCUCCGACAGUCAGGUUCCAAAUGUACCAGGACUCCUGGAGAAACUCACAUCGUCAAUGCAGGACGCAGAGAUGACGAAAACAGAAUCUGGAGUAACACAUCUCAUGGUUCCAAGAUUUAAGCAGAGAUUUUCAUUCAUUAUUCCUAGCUUCGAUUCACUCUACGAGAUACUGGACGUUGCUAAGGUUUGUGAUACAGUAAUGUUUCUUUUGUGCCCUCACACCGGCCUUUCAGAACGAGGAGAGUUGAUCCUGUCUAGUGUCCUAGCUCAGGGUAUACCUGCAGAUCCUCUGAUGGUUCUAGGAUCUGCAGAUGAAAUACCUCCGAGCAAACUAACGGAGGUAAAGAAAUUGAUGAUUAAAGCUCUGGAGAGAAAGUUCCCGGCGGAGAAGAUUUAUACUUUAGAAACAGAUACAGACGCUGUCAAUUUAGUUAGAACAUUCGGCUCCCAGAAACGGCGGAGCAGUACCUUGAGAGAGAGACGCGGCAAUAUGUUGGCGGAGACUGUUCAAUAUAUACCUGGAGAGGCACCAGGAGAAGGUUCGUUGGAGUUGACAGGGUUUGUACGAAGCCAGGAUAUCUCCGUGAACAGAUUAGUUCAUAUUCCUGGUCUCGGGGAUUUCCAGCUCGAGAAGAUAGAGAAGCUUCAGGAUCCUUGUCCGAUAUCAAAGAAGAAUGAGAUGGAAGAUUUAAGUGUUCUUCUUCCAAAUGACGACAUUGUUGAUCUUGAGACUGAAAUAGCCCCGGACGGUAUGGACGGAGAGCAAACCUGGCCGACGGACGAGGAGCUGGCACAGGCAGAGCAUAAAGGGGACAAGAAGAGAACUAAAAGAGUACCGAAGGGAACAAGUGAAUACCAAGCUGCCUGGAUUGAAGAGAACGAGGAGGACAAGGAUGAUGCAGAGGAUGAUGAGAAUGAAGAUGACGAUGAGGAGAUGAACGAGGUUGAAGAUAUCCCAGCUGCUGAAGAAUCAGAUUCGGAGGACGAAUCGGAGGAUGAGAAGGAGGAUAUGGCGGAGGAUACUGUAACAGAAUCGGAGGCUGGGAAUACAGAGGAUUAUGAUAUGAAACACGUUAAUUUCAGCGAGGAGGUGAAUGAACUGGAGAGGUUGAGAGAGGCGAGGCUGGAGGCCAUGUUCCCCGAUGAGGUGGACACCCCCAGGGACACCCAAGCCAGGGUCAGGUUCCAGAAAUAUCGCGGUCUCAAGAGCUUCAGGACAACAGUCUGGGAUCCUAAGGAGAACCUCCCCUACGACUACGGAAGAAUAUUUCAGUUUGAGAACUUCUUGAGGACAAAGAAGAGGAUUUUGUCCGAGGCUGUUACUGGUGCCGAGGUGGGAUGGUAUGUCAAGAUCUACGUCAAAGGAGUUGGAGCUCAUCUUAAACCUCAAAUAGAAGAACGGGAUAGAUUAAUAUUCCACUGUGGUUGGCGAAGGUUUGCCUCGUGUCCUAUCUUCAGCCAGCAUAGUACCGGAAACAAGCAUAAAUACGAGAGAUACUUCCGGGAUGAUGUAGUGGUGAUGACGACCUUUGCUCCCAUCACAUUCCCUCCAGCACCUGUUCUCGUUUUCCAGGAGUUAACUGACGGAACCCAUUCUCUGCUUGGAUCUGGAACCCUGCUAAGCGCUGACCCAGACCGGGUUAUUGUUAAGCGAACCCUGCUUUCCGGUCAUCCCUUCAAGGUUCUGAAAAGGCACGCUACUGUUAGAUUUAUGUUCUUUAACAGAGAAGAUAUUGAAUGGUUUAAACCUAUAGAACUCAGAACUAAAAUGGGAAGAAGAGGACAUAUUAAGGAACCUUUGGGAACGCAUGGACAUAUGAAAUGUAUAUUUGAUGGUCAGUUAAACCAACAAGAUACAGUUCUAUUGCACUUGUUUAAGAGAGUCUUUCCUAAGUGGACCUAUGAUCCCUUUGUCUCUGAUCCGGAUCAACCAAGAGAGCUGAAUACAAUGGAGUCUUAAACUUUCAGAAAAUAAAUUUUUUUUAUCGUUU